CUUUAACCCCGGAAAUGAGGUCUUCCGCCUUCCUCCCUCCCUCAAGAUGGCAGCCGCCGAAGAAGAAGAGCUACUGCCACCGCGGCUCCCCGAGCUGUUCGAUACCUGCCAACGGCUCCUGGAGGAAGUGGAAGUAGCGGCGGAACCCACCGGUUCCCGGGUGGUCCAAGAGAAGGUGUUGAAAGGACUACACCUCCUGGAGCAGGCGGCCGAGAUGUUAUCGCAGCUUGAUUUGUUCAGCCAUAAUGAAGAUUUGGAAGAGAUUGCCUCCUCCGACCUCAAGUACCUGAUGGUGCCAGCACUUCAAGGAGCUCUCGCCAUGAAACAAGUCAACCCCAGCAAGCGGCUGGAUGAUUUGCAGUGGGCUCGAGAACACUUUUUAACCUUCUUAACUCAGUGCCAGCACUACCAUGUGGCAGAGUUUGAGUUGCCCAAAACCAAGAACAACUCAGCUGAAAAUAACACUGCUAGUUCUUCCAUGGCCCAUCCUAACCUCGUUGCUAUGGCAUCUCAAAGACAGGCUAAAAUAGAGAGAUACAGGCAGAAGAAGGAGAUAGAGCAUAGGCUGUCUGCAAUGAAAGCUGCCGUGGAGAGCGGGGAAGCAGACGACGAGCAUGUUCGUGAGUAUUACCUCUUGCACCUGCGGAGGUGGAUUGGCAUCAGCUUAGAAGAGAUCGACAGCAUCGACCAGGAGAUCAAGAUCCUGAGGGAAAAAGGUGCCCCCAGGGAGGCAUCAACUUCUCGCCCAACUCCUCAGACCAGGCCUCCAAUGAAACCCUUUAUUCUCACUCGGAAUGCCGCCCAAGCCAAAGUAUUUGGAGCUGGUUAUCCAAGUUUGGCAUCUAUGACAGUGAAUGACUGGUAUGAUCAGCAUCGGAAGGCGGGAGCUUUACCAGAUCAGGGAAUACCCAGGACAACAGCAGAGGUCAGAAGAGCGGCUCAGCAACAAGAAGAGCAAGAACAAAAGGAGGAAGAGGAUGAUGAGGAAGCACUCCACCGAGCUCGGGAGUGGGAUGACUGGAAGGACACCCAUCCAAGGGGCUAUGGCAACCGACAGAACAUGGGUUAGUCUUCCCACAAGAAGACAGGACGACAGGGGACACACCACUUCCCCUCGAAGAAAAGCUGUGCUGUCUUCCCCUACCUGGGUUCCAGCUUCAGCUCUCUACCAAGAAGGCAAAGACGCUUAAUCUUGCUUUGCAUUCAAAUAAAGUGUCAAGCAAUUAAGUGUGUAUUUGUAGCCUAGAUGGUGAACCAGUGAUUCUUGUUUUGGCAUUAUCUCAAUCAUGUAUUUCAAUUUUAAGUGGAAAGAAAAGAGUACUGAGAAGUGGGCUCUGUACAGUCAAUGGCUAUAUGAAUUCUUAAAAAAUAAA